AUGUACAGAGAGUAUUCAGCUAUGUCAGCUUCAAGUAGAAAAUCUGCUUCUAGAGCUGCACAAUCUAGACUUGAGUCUCUACAGUAUGGGUCAGAGAAUGGCUCUAUUUUAUACGAACGAACGGCUAAACAAAUUGGGAAUAGGGUUAAGGAAUAUUGUAGAAAUACUUUAUCGAAGCUGCGACAGACAGAAGAAAUGGUAAAUACUUUAGAACAUCUUGGAACAAACAUUGGUCUUAUCAACGAUGAAACAAAAGUUCUUGAUUGUGCUAAAAAUAUAUAUGAGACUAUAGCAGACACUCAGAAAAUGUUAGACACAACUAAAAUAGAAACGCGGCAGCUUGGGAUAACUGUUGAUGAUCUAAUGAGUACAAUGAAAUCAGAGGGAAAUCCUAACGUGAAAGCGUUAGAUGAUAAAGACUUCAUGGUGACAUAUGUAAGUGACUUAAAUAUAUCGCACGAAAAGGACGGAUAUUUGGCCUACCAUAUCUACAGCACACAGGCUCUUGAAGAUGGAAGCGUAAUUGUCGCUGAUUUUUGGAAUCAGACAAUCAAGCUGUUAGAUAGCUCACAAAAUGUGUUAAAUGCUCUUAAAUGCAGAGGUUGUCCUUGGGGACUUUGCAAAAUCAAGAAAAACGAAUAUGCAGUAACAUUAACUGAUGCUCAACGAAUCCAAAUUCUAACAGUUGACGACCACACAAUAAAGGUUCAAAGGGAUAUUCAAGUUGACCAACCUUGUCGCGGCCUUUUUUACCACAAAGAUAACUUCUAUGUUGCUUGUGCUGGAAUAGGAAAUGAAGGACCUGGCCAUGUCCGAGUUGUUGCCAUGGAUGGAAAACGUAAGGUUAUCAACGACAACACCGGAAAACAAUUAUUCACGAGACCAAGACAAAUUUUUGUAAACAGCGCCUCAGAUGAAGUGUUUGUGACCGACGCAGAUGACGUAAAAGUUCUUGAUUUACAGGGAAAUGAAAUUCGAAGAAUAAAAAAUGACAAGCUUAAAUCGCCGUAUGGAAUAUGUGACGACGGUCGAGGCAAUGUGUUGAUCAGCGGAUUCAUGUCAAACAAUGUUUUACGGUUGGAUAAAAGGGGCAAAAGAAUAAAGGAAGUGAUCGAAAAAGAUCAGGUAAUCAAUCCUGUAUCACUCUUUCUACAUCCUAAAACUGCAAUGCUGUUUGUUGGUAUGGAAAGAAACAAACACAUUAAACUUUUCAGUACCGAAAGAUAA